AUGGGCAACACGUGCGUCGGCCCCAGCAUCGGCAAGAACGGCUUCUUCCACUCCGUCUCCACCGUGCUCUGGACCAGGCGCCCCGACGGCGAAGCCCUGCCCGCCGCCAACGCCAAUGGAGGCGCCGCGGACCGGACGCCGCCGCCGGACGCGCCGCUGGCCGCCCACAUCGUGAGCAAGGCGCCCGAGCCCGUCAAGAUCGCCUCCGGCGCCGCCAACGCCAAGCCCGAUGAGGCGGCGCAACCCAAGCCCAAGGCCAAGCCGCCGGCACAUCCCAAGCCGGCCGCCCCCGCCGCCGCCAAGGAGCAGGAGUCCAAGGCGUCCACGGACUCGUCCAGCAGCUCCGGCUCCGGCUUCGGCGAGGCCAAGCCGCCGCACCACCGGCCCAAGGUGCCCCCGGUCAAGCGCGUGUCGAGCGCCGGCCUGCUGGUCGGCUCCGUGCUCAAGCGCAAGACGGAGAGCGUCAAGGAGAAGUACAGCCUGGGGCGGCGGCUGGGCCAGGGCCAGUUCGGCACCACCUACCUCUGCGUCGAGCGGAGCUCCGGCAAGGAGUACGCCUGCAAGUCCAUCCUCAAGCGCAAGCUCGUCACCGACGACGACGUGGAGGACGUGCGCCGGGAGAUCCAGAUAAUGUACCACCUGGCGGGCCACCCCAACGUCAUCUCCAUCCGGGGCGCCUACGAGGACGCCGUCGCCGUGCACCUCGUCAUGGAGCUCUGCGCCGGCGGCGAGCUCUUCGACAGGAUCGUGCAGAAGGGCCACUACACCGAGCGCAAGGCCGCCGAGCUCGCCAGGGUCAUCGUCGGCGUCGUAGAGGUGUGCCACUCCAUGGGCGUCAUGCACCGGGACCUCAAGCCCGAGAACUUCCUCUUCGUCGACCAGACGGAGGAGGCCGCCCUCAAGACCAUCGACUUUGGUCUCUCCGUCUUCUUCCGGCCUGGUCAAAUAUUCACCGAUGUUGUCGGAAGCCCCUACUAUGUCGCGCCAGAAGUGCUGAAGAAGAAAUAUGGCCCCGAGGCAGACGUCUGGAGCGCCGGUGUGAUCAUCUACAUUCUGUUAUGUGGUGUGCCGCCAUUUUGGGCAGAGAACGAGCAGGGCAUAUUCGAAGAGGUUCUACAUGGGAAACUCGACUUCGAGUCAGAUCCAUGGCCCAGCAUCUCCGAAGGCGCCAAGGAUCUCGUGAGGAGAAUGCUCCUCAGGGACCCCAAGAAGAGACUGACCGCCCAUGAAGUUCUACGGCAUCCAUGGGUUCAGGUUGGCGGUCUGGCUCCUGACAAGCCUCUGGACUCUGCUGUUCUAUCCCGUAUGAAGCAGUUCUCGGCCAUGAACAAGCUCAAAAAGAUGGCUCUCAGGGUGAUUGCGGAGAACUUGUCCGAGGACGAGAUCGCCGGCCUCAAGGAGAUGUUCAAGAUGAUCGACUCGGACAACAGCGGGCAGAUCACGUACGAGGAGCUCAAGGUGGGGCUCAAGAAGGUGGGCGCCAACCUCCAGGAGUCGGAGAUCUACGCGCUCAUGCAGGCCGCGGACGUGGACAAGAGCGGGACGAUCGACUACGGCGAGUUCAUCGCGGCGACGCUGCACCUGAACAAGGUGGAGCGGGAGGACCACCUGUUCGCGGCGUUCCAGUACUUCGACAAGGACGGCAGCGGCUACAUCACCCCCGACGAGCUGCAGCUCGCCUGCGAGGAGUUCGGCCUCGGCUCCGACGACCUCAGCCUCGACAACAUGAUCAGAGAAGUCGACCAGGACAACGACGGGCGCAUAGACUACAACGAGUUCGUGGCGAUGAUGCAGAAGCCGGCGCUGGGGCUGGCGAAGAAGGCCGGGGCCGGGUUGGAGAGCAGCUUCAGUAUCGGCUUCAGGGAGGCGCUGAGGAUGGCCUGA